CAGGCGCAAGGAUGGGGCUCUAGCCGCCUUCGGGCGAACCCGCGGGCCUCCCGCCCAAGGCGCGAUGCUAAGCCCUUUCUGCGCCGCCGAUCAAGAGAGGGCUUGCUUUGGAUUCUACGCCGCGGGGCCACUCCGGCUGGCAGCGGAAUCGGAGCGCUUUUCUUCGCCCUCUUUUGUCAGGCUGGGCGGCCUGAAAAUGGAGGAAACUCUGCAGAACGCCCUGGAGCCCCCGCCGCCGUCUCCUUUCUCUACCCCGCUGCUGGGAUUUUUGCAGUGAAGUGCAAUAACUGUCUGGAAGCAAUUACACCCAGUGAGUUUGUUAUGCGAGCUCAGAAAAGUGUAUACCAUGUAGGCUGCUUCUGCUGUUGUGUCUGUGAGAAACAGCUUCAGAAGGGAGAUGAAUUUGUCCUUAAGGAUGGCCAGCUGCUGUGCAGGAAUGACUAUGAGAAGGAACGUGAAAGGCUCAGCAUUGGAAGUCCAGCCCCAUCAGAUUCUGGUAAAAGUGAUGAUGAAGCAAGCUUCUGCAAAAUGGAAGAGACUGGGAAAGCAUCUGAGGAGAUCAGGGGUCAUAAACGGCCCAAGCGGCCCCGGACAAUCCUAACCACACAGCAACGCCGAGCAUUUAAAGCAUCAUUUGAAGUAUCUUCUAAGCCAUGUAGAAAGGUAAGAGAAACAUUAGCAGCUGAGACAGGUCUUAGUGUCCGAGUUGUACAGGUCUGGUUCCAGAAUCAAAGAGCUAAGAUGAAGAAAUUAGCAAGGCGACAACAACAGCAACAGCAAGAUCAGCAAAACACACAAAGAUUCACUGCAACUCAGACAAGCAAUGGCAACAGCACUAAUUUUGAAGGAAUCAUGAAUUCAUACACAACCUUGCAACCAGCCUCACAACAAAUGUUGGUUAUUGAUCAUAGUGUCUAUAACUCAGACUCCUUCCAGCAAGGGCUUACUCCCCCACAGAUGCCAGGGGACCACAUGCAUCCUUAUGGUUCUGAGCCCGUUUUUUGUGAGAUGGAUAGCGAUGACAACUCCUUCAGCAACCAGAGCAACUGUUUCUUAGCAUCUACAGAACCUGGACCCUUACAAUCAAGAGUGGGCAAUCCCAUUGAUAACCUGUACUCAAUGCAUAGCUCCUACUUUACAGCUUGAGGAAUUUGAGGUCAUGAAUAAACAGAAUGCUGGAUUCAUUACAGAAGUCAUAUGGAGGAAAAAAUGGGAAGAGAUUUACUUUUUCAUCAGGAAGGCACAGCAUGCAAAAAAAUUCACAUGAAUAUUUCACAUAUUUGAAUUUUCUAAAAUUCAUUUCUCAUUUGGAAAAUUUGGCAAAAAACAGGAAUAUUUGAAAGAAUAGUUUCAGAAUUGUUUUCCCUUUGCAAGUCAAUUUAUAGAAGCCAUGCAUGGAAAAAAUUAAAAUAUUUUCUUCUGAAGUUAAGAUGUAUCUAAUGUGAAUUUCAAAAAACAUUUUCUAUUGAGACUAUAUCUACAAGAUAUUUCCCUAGUUUUAAAGUUUGAAUUGAAACUACCAAUUUUGAUGAAGUAAAACAUUCUCCCCCCACCCCCAUAAAUGCAUAUACUUUUCAGUACUCAUCAUUUUACAUACUUUUUGGUAUCGUGGUUUAUCAUAACUGUUGAAGCCAAAGGAAAAGAAGAACAAUGUAUACAAAUAAGUGAAUCCUUUCAUAAGAAAUGACAAAUCAACAAAAAUGAAAUAAAUAAGUACUGCUAAAAAUGUGUUCAAAACAACACUCAUUGCUUGUUCAUGCAGGUACAGAGAUUGCAAACUAGAAGCUUUUGAACUUUAAUAUGUGAAAUAGUUACCAUGAAAAAAAAAUAUUUGUGUGACUAAGUUUGUAAUACAUAAAUUUUGGGGUAAGUUAUGCUUAUAUAUUUAAGGCACAGACUUGCCUAAUAUUGCAUCAGGUUUACCCUUAACAAUAGAAUAGUACUGUACAACAAAAAUAAUUUUAUUUUCUGUGUGAAUCAUAUUUGAGGAAUUGCUCAAUGCACUUAAUUUAUGGAAUGGGAAAAUGGAUUUUUGUGAACAUUGAGCAAGCUGAGAGCCUACCAUUCUCAUCUGGAGAAAAUUUGAUACUUCCAAUUCCUUAAAAUUUAUUUUCAAAUGGUAAUGUCAGGGUAAUCAUAAAUACUUAUACAUAAAAUGGAACUUCAUUAAAAUCAAGAAGAGCAUUGCCAUUUUCUAUAAUGAGAUUUGGAUUUCCUUUCUGUGAGAAAGCACUACAGGAAAGUGAAGCAAGACUUACCUUAAACAUAGGAAUUGUCCUAUGUUUAAAUCAGUGCAAUUUUCAAAGCAAUGGAAAAUUUUCAGACUCCAGAAUAUUCAUAUUGUGGGGAUUUAAGUUUCAUGGAGAACUUAAAAUUUUACUAUUAUCAUCGAUUAAGAGCAAGAUUUGAUUUCAAACAGUUAUCUUCCAUUACUACUGGUAAUUAAUAAGGGAAGGGAAAGUUAAUUAGACAAAGCCAAUUACAAACUGAGGAUUGACAAAAUGUAUAUGCAAGCCCAAGUCUUCUUGCAGAAUUCAGAAUCCAGUUGAACUCCAAGGGUCAUAAAACUAAUUCUUUUGACUUCGGAAGAAUGGAAUGUGCCACUAUUAACUGAGAAAUGUAAUAUUUAUUUCACCUGAAUGGUCAAAACAUACUCUCCUUUGCAACUAUGUGGCUACUAUCUCUGACCUAUUACAAAAAGACUGGAGAGCCAAGGAGCCAAGCAGUACUACCUCUCUGGAACAUAGAAGAUAGUAUAUUUCAGUCUACCGUCAUUGGAAGCUAUAUCAAUUAAUAUAAAUUUUUACAUUAUUCAUCAACACUUUCUUUACUAUCUAAAAGUGCCUAAAAAUUAACAAAAUUAUCAAUUCUUGAAGACCUUUAAUACUGUUAUGCCCUUCUUUGUGUUACGUACAGUUGGAUUACUGGUUUAUCAGCAAGGGCUUUAAGAUUACAGUUUGGGCCAGAUAGAGACAUUCAAAUAUAUCAAUAGGAAAAUGAUAAAUCCUCUCCAAUUAUCAGUGAAUUGUGUAGGAAUGGGAGGAUUGUGACAGAGGAAUAGACAGGUAACAUUGAUUGAAAACAAAUAAAUAGGCAGAGGUGCAAAUGGUUCCUUGGGAGGAUUUUUUCUUGACAUCUAAACAGAAAUUCCUUUUCUUUUCUUUCCUACCUUAUUCAGUUUUCUUUACUUCAUAUCUCAUCACCAAUUUUAGUUUCUUCUUACUAUCCCUUCCCUGGGUAUUUGCUCUUUCUUCUUCCUCUAUACCAGGGCUGUCAAACUCCUAGCCCAUGGGCCAGAUGCAUCACGCGCUGGCCAUGCCCACGCCUGGUUUAGCGAAGGGGGAAAAAAUGUCCCGAUAUAUCACAUGAUGCCACCGUGAUGAUGUGAGUUUGAAACUCCUGCUCUAUACAUUCUAGAGAGGGAAAUGCUUCUGUGAGUGACUCUUCGUUGUAUAAAAGAUGUCUUACCUUACUGCUAUACCAAAUAUUAAUGCAUCUUUUUGUCAUGCCCAUUUUUGGAGAAUAGUUUCUGACAAAUGUAUACAGAUAUACAUAAAUGUACACACUACUGUAUUACUGUACUGUGUCAUAUGCAAACAGUUAUUGAAGUGGGGAAAUCUCCAGAAUUGAUAUUAGCAAACGUUAAAUCCUUAGCUGAACAAUAAAAGAAGUUGGGUAUUGCAAAAGAUUUUUGCCUAUAUUUACAUUUUCUUGAUUGGGGAACAAAUCAUCAUAAACUCAUAUUUGUUUUCUUUUGAGGUAAAUACAGUGCACAAAUUGGAGUGGUAGAUUUUCAUGUAAUAAAUGUAACAUAUCGCCAUUAGUGUGUUUGUAAAGCUCUGUUUUACAGUCAUUACAUGUGAUUUCAAAGUGUUUGAAGUUGAAAUACCAUGAGCCUGUAUAUGUAGAAUAGUGAAUAAACUAUUAAGGGAUG